CACAAUCCUUCGAACCUGAAGAUGAAGACUACUACAUCAAAUGCUUAAAAGAAUGGAUCACUGAUGAGGCUGAUAGAGUAAUCCAUGAAGUGAAGGAAUCAGAAAAGAGAGUGCUGAAUGAAAUUGAAAGCGUAAAGGACAAACUGGAUCAACUAAAACCGGAGCCAUCAAAACCGGCUACACCUGAAGAAAUGGAAUUGUACUCAAAAAAACUCAAGAAAACCAUACUAAAGCAAACAGAACUUGAACUACAGCCMAAAGGAAUAAUACAAUCAAUGAAAACUGAUGAUAUUUUUACGAACUUGAUUGUUCACCACGGGAAAAAAAGAUGCCCAGAACUUUUGCCACAACAAAUUCAAAGACCUCAUGGAUAUCACCCUGAUCGUAAGACGCUGACUGAAAUCAAGCAAUGUAGUGAGAUUUUUGUUGACGAAGACGAAAAAGACACUACCGUCAAGAGAAUAUUACUUUCAGGUGAACCAGGCGUAGGGAAAACACUUUUCUCGCAGAAACUUCUUCGUGAUUUGUCUACCAAUUCCAUAUCGCUCCCUGAAAUUAAGUUUACUUACCUCAUAACGUUUAGACAAUUGAACAAUUUUUCAAACGAAGAAACGUUGAACCUCAGAGAACUGCUAAAUCUUUGCCCUUUAUUGAACGAUGGAACCAUGAUAGACGAGAAUGUGAUGGACUACAUUCUUCAGCAUCCAGAGCAGUUAUUGAUUGUUCUCGAUGGCUUUGACGAAUAUAAAGACAGCAACAAAAUACUCGGAGAUUUUGAAAGUCAAUUUCCUAAUGAUAGUAAAACCAAGAAGCCAGUAGCAGCUCUUCUAAGCAAACUAAUCAGAAAAAAAAUCUUGGCCGAUGCUGUCAUCAUGGUUACUUCCAGGCCGAGCGAAGCGAACGCGUUAGACCAAGAAAUGCACCCUGACCACUAUGUCGAAAUUACAGGAUUUUCAGAAUCAGAGGUUAUUGCAUAUGUUAAGAAAUAUUUCAGUACAAAANCAGAAGAAGUAAAAAACAUGGCACUUCGUAAGGUUAAAGAAAGCGCGCACUACAUUUCAUUUGGUCGCGUCCCUUUCCGUUGUUUGUUGAUGUGCGUGUUCAUCGAGUGGAAAAUCAAAAAACACGAUAAUUCAUGUCCUCUCACACUUACAGAGUUUUAUUUUCAAGUAAUUCAAUGUAUAGAAACUAAUUAUAAUAGAUCAUUACUUAGUUUAGAUGACAAAGCCGCUUCGUUGGCUGUUGACAAAACGCUCGAUAAUUUUUCAAAGUUAGCGGCACUUUUAACUGAACAAAAGAGAUUUAGUUUUACCUUACAAGACCUAGAAAACCUAAAAUUAUCAGAAAAUGAAUUAUUGUACAUAAAAUCUAGYAAUCUUAUAUUUUGUUAUCCUGUUUCAAGUAAUAAUUCGCCAUUUCAAAAGCCAAUCUGUGAAUAUAGCUUCACACACUUCACCAUUCAAGAGUUUCUUGUUGCUCGGUAUUUGGUGAAGAAAGGCGUAAUGGCGGCACAAAAAAGCACUGAAAUGGUGUACACAUUCAUGAGCGGUUUGUUGGGUUUAAAUGAUAAUAAUGAAUUAAUGGUAGAACUACUAGAGUGUCUAGGUAAACAUAUAGAAAAUACAUUCCUUACUAGACUAAGACUGGUGUCAUUGCGAUGCCUGCACGAGUUUGGUCAAGACAAACGCUUGACAAGACAAGAACUAAAUACAAACCGUGACUACAGAUACUGGSRUCGURAUGGGKRGAUUGKAUUAYYUGGUGYAACCGAMAYGGACUGGGAUGSAAUCGCUAUGUUAGUAGAAUMCACUGCUACAUCAAUAUCAUCACCACYACAMACAUUGUWCAUUGKUWWSUCAMCGAUAACCAUUACYGGGAUAAAGAGAUUGAURUCAUCACUCAUUACAAACUGUUCAAUMAMWGKACUGKACCUGWGGYGGUGUAAUUUGWAUGAYGAACAYGUAAAGUGUUUGUGUAAAGAUUUACAAAAGACAAAAAUAACCRAGCUAYACCUGWAUGSUAAUGAGAUAACUGAUGGUGGAGUGGAUGACAUCAUGRWACACUUAGCCAGUAAUCUCACCRAGCUARACCUGUCUKWUAAUAACAUAUCUGCUGAAUGUARAGAGAAAACUAGACAAUUCUGUAGUGAUAAAUAUCCUGGUCUURAGCCUUUGAGGUCUCGUUUCCAUGAUUCGUCACUAGUCCCCAAUAUAGGCGGACGUAAACUGGCGCCAUUUUCAAAAGUCGUGUAUUGUUAUGUGCACAGAGACGGAACAGAGUACAACUCAAGACUCGAGUGGACAGAGUGGGGUAAUGAUGAACAAUUUAGUAUCAAAAUAGAACCCUCCACCCCACCCCCCUCAAAUCAGCAAGAUGACAUCAGUGCUGAGCUGAAUACUGAGGAUUUAUUUAGAGACAUGACCCCAGUGUUCAAGAAAGCAAAAAAGAUUGUAAUUAAAUCCAAGCAAACAGAGUCUGUAUUACMAAGUAAUAGUUCACCAAGCCGACUCAAUUUUGACAUGAACUAUCCACCGACACAG